UGCAUUGCUUUCGAAAAAGCACAACACAUCGCCAUUUUCAGCGAUUUGGGAGCUCUGCGACCGGAUCAGCAAAGUAAAUAGGUCACAAGAUCGUAGAGAGAAAAAUAAAGGCUCAGUCUACACCAAAACGGCGUGUUUAAUUCGUCGAUCUCACUGCUCCGAACCCUCCGACUGAGAGCAAAUGGUGGUGGUCAGUUGGCCCGCUCGGAUGAAGUAUUCAAGUGCAGUCCCGGGCUGAUGUCAUCACUGAUCGCCUCUCUCCUUGCGACUUAACCAUAAACCAGGUGGGAGGAGAGCGCUACCACCGUCUGCUCUAAACAUUAUUAUGAAUUUAGAAUGAAAAGAGGGCAGAAGAGAAGAGAUAAACAGGAGGAUGGAGGAGGCCCAAGCCCUGGUGUCCCUGAAAACUGCAAAAAGCUUCGUCAAAAGGGUUCAGAGGAACUUGUGCAGGAGCAAGGGCACUACAACCCAGAAAGCACUGUAGACUGGGGCUGCCUGCCUCAGGAGAUCCUGCUGCAGAUUUUCCAGUAUCUGCCCUUACUGGAUCGGGCUUUUGCCUCACAGGUGUGCAGGGGCUGGAACCAAGCUUUUCACAUGCCUGAGCUCUGGAGGUGCUUCGAGUUUGAGCUCAACCAGCCUGCCAGCUCUUACUUGAAGGCCACACACCCAGACCUCAUCAAGCAAAUCAUCAAGAGACACUCCAACCACCUUCAGUAUGUCAGCUUCAAGGUGGACAGUAGCACUGAGUCUGCAGAAGCAGCCUGCGAUAUCCUGUCUCAGCUGGUGAACUGCUCGCUCAAAACCUUGGGGCUUAUAUCCACAGCUCGACCCAGCUUCAUGGAGUUGCCUAAGUCUCAUUUCAUCUCAGCUCUGACUGUGGUUUUCGUAAACUCCAAGUCCCUGUCCUCACUGAAGAUUGAUGACACGCCAGUAGAUGACCCGUCACUGAAAGUUCUUGUAGCCAAUAACAGCGACACACUCAAACUGCUGAAGAUGAGCAGCUGCCCUCAUGUCUCACCUGCAGGCAUUCUGUGUGUGGCUGACCAGUGCCAUGGCCUACGUGAGCUAGCACUUAACUAUCACCUGCUAAGUGACGAGCUGCUGCUGGCAUUGUCAUCUGAGCGCCACGUGCACCUGGAGCAUCUACGGAUUGAUGUGGUGAGUGAGAACCCAGGGCAGAUGCAGUUCCAUACCAUCAAGCGCAGCAGCUGGGAGGCCAUGGUUCGCCACUCGCCCAAGUUCAGCCUUGUCAUGUACUUCUUCCUGUACGAGGAUGAGUUUGGGCCAUUCUUCCGUGAUGAGGUGCCUGUAACACACCUCUACUUCGGCCGCUCUGUGAGCAAGGAGGUGCUGGGCCGUGUGGGGAUGACGUGCCCUCGCUUGAUUGAGCUAGUGGUGUGUGCCAACGGCCUGCGACCUCUCGACGAGGAGCUGAUUCGCAUUGCUGAGCGCUGUCAGCAUCUGUCAGCCAUCGGCCUUGGAGAGUGUGAGGUCUCCUGCAGCGCAUUUGUGGAGUUUGUGAAGAUGUGUGGCUGCCGCCUCUCUCAGCUCUCCAUCAUGGAGGAGGUGCUAGUGCCCGACCACAAAUAUGGCCUUGACGACAUACACUGGGAGGUGUCAAAACAUCUGGGCCGUGUCUGGUUCCCUGAUAUGAUGCCCACCUGGUAGGGUACGGCCACACCAUUUUGCACAGGGUUUACCUUCUUCUGCAAACCAAGCCUUGCCCUAUCCUUGAGAAAUUACACACUUUUCACUGAAUUUGCAGUGUUAAUGGGAGGAGUUUAGUUGAAAAACCUUAAUAUCCUUCUGUCUGAUUUUUGGGCGGAGCAACAAAACAUUUUUCUCUGAUGCAUCUUAGCUUCCCUUGUUGUUAAUGUCUCCAUUCGCAACGCAUUAACGGAGAUGUAAAUUAAGAAAAUGAAACACAGUUUAUCAGAGCUUUUUCACUAUACAAGAAGGCAAGCACAUGCACAAGUAGCUUUAAUAAGGUAAGCUAAUUAGCUUAGUUACAGCUCAUAACUGGUUAGGUUUAUUUACUUUCCUGACUUCAAUUUUGCAAGCAUUAAUUGUCCUUCUUAACAAUUAAUAAAAAAAAAAAAACAAACUAAACACUAAUGCUAGUGAUUUCAGAUACAGCAAGUAGUAAGCAGCUUCUGGGAUUUUUUUUCUGCUAUAAUGAUGUAACAUGUACAUGACACAUGUUAUGUAUGUCUGACCAAUACCAUGCUCACACACACUGGCUGCAGCCUAGACACCUCCAAAGCCACAGGUUAUAAUUAGUGGGCAUCAUAGGAGUAUGGCAUAUUGCACACAGUCUCACAAGCUUACAUUGCACCCAGUGUUCCUAGUAUAGGCUCCAUGACCCUGAUCAGCACAAAGGGUUUACUGAAAGUGAGUGAGUGAGACAUGUACAUGUGCUUAUGAAAUCAUUUUUUAAGUGUGUUUCUCAGUUUGAAAUACACGGAUUAAUCUUCUUAUAGCUAUUUUGAUAAAAGUCCAAUUUGCAUAUGCUUUUAAGGGUUUUCCCUCAUAGAUUUGCACUAUUCAUGCCAUGUCAAUAUUUUUGUCAGAGGCAUAAAUUGCAGUGAUUAAAUAUUUAAUGGGGAUUUUUCCAGUCAUAAAGACUUACUAUCGUGAGACAUUCAACAUAAACUGUAUGACUGAAAACCUUCACAGUCCUUCUGAAUAAUAUUUUAUUUAUGUAUACAUGUAAAUUUUAUUCUUCUCCCUUUGUGUGUCUGUUUUUUGUUGUUUUGUUUGGGGUUUUUUGCCAUUUAGUUUUUUUUAGCUGGAACUGUAAGUGAUGGAAAUGCUAAAUAGAAAUUAUGUUCCACAAGAAGAGGACUUUUUCAGCAAGUAAAUGUGCCAAACUGCUUUCUACUGAACCUUAUCCAUUGGCAAUUCAGUAUUACUUUCUGUGGCUUUUGAUUUGAUAAAUGUCUGUAAAAAGAGUACAUUUGCAAGGUGGCAGAGUGUAGCACAGAAAUUCAAGGUAAGGUAUUGAAGAGUAGGAAUGAAUAAUUGAAUUAUAGAGUAUAUUUUGCUUUGAUAGUGUAGGUAUAUUUGAGAUGAAAACGAAUGUCACUAAAUCAAAAUGAGCAAUGCAAUCAUUCUCAGUGUCAGUGAGAUUUUUGAUAAACAAAUCUUUCAUUAAUUUAAGACACUGCUGUUUAAGCCAAAAUACUGUCUUGAGAGGACGGCAAGCUUUCAAUUGAUACAAUUUUGUAAGGAUCAUGUAAAGGUCUGCCACUUUAGUAACAGCAGUUAGUUGGUCUAAUUUUCCCCCUGAAUCAGAGACUUCUAAUUCUGUUUACUUAUUAUAAUACACUGGUCAACUAAACAUUCCUAAUGAGAAGCAAACGUAUGCCAUCAAAUGUAUCUGUUACACACACACAAAACAAUUUUGUGGCAUCAUUAAAAUUUGUAAUGUUAUUUCCUUUUGACAAAAAAAAUGAAAGCAUGAGUUCUGUUUAUAAGCAACAUUUCAUGAGAACAUACGUUGUACAUUAUUGGACAAUUGGCUGCUUAGUUAUUAUAUCUUGACAAGGUGUUUUGUUGUUCCAUUAGUUUGUGUACGAGUAAACAAAAUAUUUAUUCAAUCCGAAUUUAUGGUAUUUGCAUCUGUUUCUGCUAUUUGUCAACACAAGGACCAAAUGUGAGGCUCUCAAAAUAAAUCAACCACAGGCUUAAUCAAAACAUUAGACAUCAUUUGUUUUAAACAUUACAGAACUCAGUAGUUGCUUAAUAAUAGCGAACAACCUGCCAGACCGCAGUCAGGGAUGACUUAAGAAUAUUUUCAUGAAGAAAAAUUGAUAAACAAAUUAAAAGCAGUAUACAGGGUGUAGGUUUAGAUGUCUCAAAGACUACCAUAGAGAAUAUGGUAGGAAUACACCAAUAUGAGCUCAAAUGUGGUUUAUGACCAAAUGCAAACAGUUGAAUCAUCUGAAGAACGGAAAGGCUAGACUGUACUUGGAUCAAAAGCCCGUAUAGUUCUGUGAGAAAUUCUUAUGUACAGAUGAGAUGAGUCUGUGUCAGUUUCUUCUGGAUUCUCUGGUUACCUCAGACCUCUCAAUAGCAUGUAGAUUGGCAACUAAAUUUCCCAUAGGUAUAAAUGAGUAUGUGAAUGUGGGAGAAGGUAUCCUGCGAUGGAUUGGAGUCCCAUCCAUGGUAAAUUCCUGCCUCAUGCCCAGUGUUCCUGGGAUAGGCUCCAGAUCCACUGCAACCCUGACCAGGUUCAAGCAGUUACUGAAGAUGAAUAAAUUAUGAUGUAUAAAUGAGAUGAGGACUAUGUUCAUAAUCAAAAGCAUAACCAUCUCAGCUAUGAAAAGUGGUUGCCUGUGCAUGUAAACCAAUACAUUCCAACUAUCAUGCUGGCUAACCAGUUGGACAAUUUAAAUGACUGUUGUAAAAUGUACUUUCUGCAGAUUUAAGGUAAUAAAUAGUAAAAUAAACAAGUAGUUUUAUCUCCUAAUAGUUGUAUCUCUUAAGUGUUUCCUUUUAGUCUAUUUUAUAGUCGUCUACCAAUCUUAAUAGCCUGCUGUCUUUGGGGCGGAGCAACAAAACAUUUUUCUCUGUUGCAUCUUAGCUUUCCUUGAUCGUUCUGCCAAACAGAUAAAGCUGUUAAUGUCUUCGCUCACAAAACAUUAACAUAGAUUUAAAUUAAGAAAAUUAAACACACACUUUAUCAGGGCUAUUUCACUAUACAAGAAAGCAAGCACAUUCACAUGUAGCUUUAUUUAAAUUUCAUAAUGAGCUUAGUUACAGCUUAUAAACUGGUUGGGUUUAUUUACUGUCCUGACUUCAAUUUUGCAAGCAUUGUUUGACCUUCUUAACAAUGAAUUAAAAAAAUUAAAAAGACUAAACACUGUGGAUCCACUGCAACCUCGACCAACCUUAAUCAAGCAGUUACUGAAGAUGAAUGAAUGAUGUAUAAAUGAGAUGAAGAUUAUGUAAUAAUCUGCUUAAUCAAAAGCAUAACCACCUCAUCUAUGAAAAGUGGUUGCGUGUGCAUGUACUGUAUGACUGUAAUGGAACUUGUCCUUAUUGAAGGUGUGACUGCAGCAUGACUAGAAAGGCGUACUGAAGUAACUGCACAGAUUCAGUCAAAUAGCUCAGAGUGGAUGACUUUUCACCUGGCAGCAGGACAAAAUAAAACGAACUACUCGCUAAUAGCUAUGAAAUUUCUCCAUCACACAACUUGCUGAUAUAUUUCAUUUCUGAAUAACUGAAGGGAGAGAGCUUUUGACACAAGCAGGAACAUAAAAUGCCUUCAUUACUCGGCAUAGCAUCACCAGUGAUUAUAUGCAACUUCUGGGUGUCUGUGGGUCAUUCACAACUGAAAGGAUUUUGUAAAAGGAAAGUACUGAAAAUGACAAUUUCUAAUUAAUUUAAGAUCAGUUGUGAGGCUGUAUGUAAAAUAGAUUAUAUGUCCAGUAUGGUCCACUCAAUACAGAUUUUAAUAGCAUAUAUGGUAAUGCUAUCUAAUUAACAUUCAUAAAUCAUUCUGCACUUUAAAGGAGCAUUCUAGCAUAAAACUAGAAUUUUAUAUAUGUUUGUCAUGGUACUGGAUGUAUUAUUCUGUUGCCUGGUAUUAUAUCGCUUGGUGUAAGAAUUCAUGAUUUUUCUAUCGGUUUCCUGGUCUCAAAUAUCGAUGUAUUGAAACUACAAUACCCAGCAUGCAUUGCACAAAUAUGUACUUCAUCCAUCUGUAAUCCUGUGAUCAACCAGUCUGGUAUUUUCAUUGAGGCACCUCACACUGACCUUUGUGUGGAAAACAGGAAUUUCCUGCCUCACUUGCUGAAACAGCAAGCCAGAAUUUGUUUUCUAAAAUGUCGUGUAGUGCUGUUGAGUGUUCAUAAAUAUAUUUGUCCUGCAUACUAUUGAAUUGGACACCUUUCCAACAGAAGACGAAAGAAGGAAGGAUAGCACGGUUAACCUAAGGUUUCUAGGCUAAUUGGAUCGUUUUAUUAACAAACACCAAAAUAGUCUAUACACCACCAAAAAAUUAUGAAUAUUUAAAAGUUUGCAGCCAACACUUCAAACUGGAGGACUAUGAAAGAUAUUUGAAAGAGGAUGGCGAUUGCAUCUGUAUUUAGUACAAAAUGGAAAGCAGACAAGGGUUCUACAAAUAAGAUGGCUAGUAAGAUAACACAAAGGCAAAUAAUCAUGUAACAUUGCUAGCUAACAUUAUGGCAGCUAUACAUAUUGUUGGAUAUCACUGUACAACAACAACAAAAAAAUAUUUCCUCAAUAUACCAUUAGCUAGUGAGCACCCCCCCCCCCCCCCCCUUUCUCCCCACAUUCACCACACAACUGUUGUAGUUUUUCAAUUUUUCAUCUGCAUCUGAGAUAUGUAAACCGAAGGGGGUUUACCCUGUAUUUAAACUGGUAAAUCUAACUGCUUCAUCGCUGUAAGGCACAAGUAGGCAUGCAUGUUACAGAUGUAUCAAAGGUUAAUUUUUAUUUGAUUUUAUAUUGGCCGGAGUAUCUGUUUAAAUGAUAAUAUUUCUGGGCUUUCACAUGCAAUGUGCAGCAUUAUAGAGUCAAAAAAGAAAACUUGCAGUCUAAGUACUGUCUAAAAUUUUUGUUGCUGUAUGACAAAAUGUGUUGUAGCUUUUCCUGUACACAUUUAAGACUGAAAUAAAUAAAAGUGGAAUGCGAUCGUCUGGCUAAGCAGUUAUGGGGCAGGAAGAACUGGACAUGAUCACAGUCUUUUACCAGUUACCAUGAUCUACUUUUACCAGUUAACAAGAGCCAACAGCCAUGUUAGUCCAAAAGGAAAGAAAAGCACUAAUUAUGACCCAUGUUUCAUAAUCCUCUUCAAAUGUGAAAUUGUUGUUGGAAUUUUAUGAAAAGAUGCUCAGUUCUGGUGUGUUUAAAUGAGAAAUUAGUUACUUUUAUGUGUUUACACUGGUUUACUAGAUUCUCAAGUCCUAGAUUAUGCACACUUGAGCAUCCAUUACAGUUCAUUAAACACGUAACAGAUCCCAUACCAAAUGUUGUUUUGCUAUAUUUCUUAUUUCCAUUCAACUUUGGGAAAGGGACUUUGUAUUUUAUUACUGAAUAUUAUAGAAACUUGGUCAUGUGGUUUGCCCUGUGUAAAAACCAGUAUGUGAACAAAAAAAAAAGCAAACACUUAUUUUUAUACCAUGCAGAACUAUUUUGCUGUUUUUAGGACAGUUGUUCCUUUCUGACUACAUUUAGAUAAAAAUUGCCUUUUUUUUUUUUUUUUUUUACCAUUUUUUCUUUUUUACAUACAGUGUUGUGAAAAAGUACUGAUUUGUUCUGUUUUUGUGUAUAUCUCAUACUAAAUUGUUUCAUAAAUUAAAACAAAAUCUAAGAUAAACCAAAGGCAAGCUGAGUAAACACCAAAUACAGUUUUUAAAUGAUAGUUAUUUACGGAAACAAAAAGGUUAUCCAAUACCUACUGGGCCUGUGUGAAAAUGUAUUUGCCCCCAUAAUUACUAAUUCCCUAAAUCUAUGAAACUGCAUUCAUAAUGGGGUUCAGAUGGACUAAACACAAUUAAGCCUGAUUACUGCAAACCCUGUUCAAUCAAAUCAAUGCUUAAAUAGAACUUUUUUCAACAGCAUGAAGUUGAUUAAAAGGUCUUACCCAGGAGCACACUAUGCUAAAGUUGAAAGAAAUUUCAGAAAUUAUGAGGAAGAAGGUGACUGAAAUACAUCAGUCUCUGGUUACAAAGUUAUUUCAGGCUCUGGGACUCCAAAGAAACACAGUGAGAGCCGUUAUCUCCAAAUGGAAAAACUCAGCACAGUAGUGAACUUUCCCAGAAGUGGCCGACCUUCCAAAAUUCCUCCAAGAGCACAGCAACUACUCAUCCAGAAAGUCACAAAAGAGCCAAGGACAACAUCAAUGGACCUACAGGCCUCUCAUGCAUCUAUGAAGGUCUCUGUUCAUGACUCCACUAUCAGAAAGACUCUGGGGACAAUGGCACCAUGGAAGAGUGGAGAGGUGAAAACCACUGCUAACCCAGAAGAACAUUAAGGCUCACCUGAACUUUGCCAAAACACACCUUGAUGAUCCUCAAACCUUUUGGGGGAAUGUUCUGUGGAUUGAUGACUUGAAAGUGGAACUGUUUGGAAAACUGUUACAUCUGGCGUAAACCAAACACAGAAUUCCACAAAAAGAACAUCAUAGCUAUGGUCAAGUAUGGUGGUGGAAGUGUGAUGGUGUGGGGAUGCUUUGCUUCAGGUCAUGGGCAACUUGCAAUAAUUGAGGGAAACAUUAAUUCUGCUCUCUACCAGAAAAUCCUAAAGGAGAAUGUCCGGUCUUCAGUCCGUAAGUUGAAACGCAAGCGAAACUGGAUUAUGCAACAAGACAAUGAUCCAAAGCAUAGGAGUAAGUCCUAGUCCUAGAAGUAAGUGAAAGACUGAGCUCCAGUUAUCAUAAGUGUUUGGUUGCAAUUACUACUGCAAAAGUUGUCACAACCAGAUUUUAAAUUUAAGGGGACAAUUAGUUUUUCACAUGGGUGAUAGGUGUGGGAUAACUUUUUUUUACUUUAAUAAAAAUAAAUUAAUAAAUUAAAACUGCAUUGUGUGAUUAUUCAGGUUUCCUUUGUUUUAUGUUGUAUUUUGUUUGAAGAUCUAAAACUAUUUAGUAUGAGAUAUACACAAAAACAGAAGAAAUGCCUUUUCACAGCACUGUAAUACAGUGGUAAUGAAAUGAUAUGAAUAUUUCUAUUGAUUAUUUUUCUUGGUAGUAAGUAGUAUGUAAGCUUGUUCCAAAGCACAACUGUUGUUUCUUUAAUUCCUUUUGAGCCAGUUCAACACAUAUUAUUGUGUAUUUAAAGCAUUUUUAAGAAGAAAAAGGCACUUAAUGUCAUGAAAUCUUUUUGUUGUUUUGGAGUAAAUUUUGUGAAUGUAAUCAUUGCCAUUUUAUUGGUAUUAAAACAUGUACAAAUAUACUACUAGGAAACUGAGUAGUCAUAAUUUGUUGCAAGUUUAAGUUUUAACUUUUUUAAUUACAAAUGGACUUCAUAGCAACUUUACUGGAUACACAACACAGUACUAUGGUGUUGAUAUCUAUCCUACUAGGAAUUCCUAUUCCAUUUUCAUAAAACUAAGCCCCACGUUUGAAUGUUGUUUCCUAUCAAAUACAGAGGCAUUUUCUAUAAAUGUUGAGGGAGUUAUUAUUACUGGCUCCUCCUCUUCCCUUUCGCGUUGUAAUUGAAUGGGAGACGUAGGUUUAAUUUUGAGUUCUUGAAAAUCUUAUUUCAUCUUUAUUUAAAUCAUCAUUUAUAUACAUAUAUAUACCUUUUAAUUUGUGUGUAUAGUUUUAUUUUACUUACAAAUGUGAUUAUCUUUGCUGUUUUAUCCUCCUUUUUGUAUUUUGUUUUAAUGGAAAUGAGAGCACAUGGUGACCAUCGUACAUCAUGUUUAUUUUAUAGAGCACGUUGUAAGGGCGAUUUACUCAAAGAAGCUGCCUAUUUGUAUUAUCAGGUGCGAAUAAAAGACCGUGUUGAUCCGA